AUGUUAAAAACCGAAAGAGGUCUCUUUCAAAAAGCGUCCUGUCCCGCGGCAGAAUGGCUCCACCAAUCCGCCAUCACCGGUUUUCCAGCUCGUCUUGUUUACUUUCGUUUUAGCUCGGCGCGCUCGUCUCGUCUGCUCGGCUCACAUCUGUCUUUGGUCUUGUGCCCAGAACACGUGCGCUCGUGGAACGGAGAGGUGUCUCGCUCGGCGGGAGGCAAUGGUAAUGCAUGGAAGGCCCGUUGGCAGCUCGCCCCCUUCCCCUUUCUCUCUCGUCCCCUGCUGCCCCCCUUUGAGAGCGUAGAGCUGCGCGGCAGCUGCAGGGCUGCGAGGGUUCAGCACAGGGGUCAACGACUCGCAGCUAUUCAACUCAAAACACCGCAGCCUAGAAAGAGAAGGCGGGAUGCCUUCAGCCACACAGGAGGCAUGCUAUUCUCUCGUCUUUUUCUCUUUCGCUUUCUGUUUUUUUUCUUCCAUGCUCUCAACCGCCGCGGAGCAGACAGGCUGGGACUGGGCCUUACUAGUGGAUCUUCCUGCAGUCGCUGGCUGGAUGUAAACAAACGUAGCUCAGCUGGUGCCUGUGACUUCCUGUGGCCUUCUUCUGACGGUUGUAUUCGUGUGUCAGAGAGGAGACACUGCUCGCCCAGCAGCUCCAGGACCCCUCUGGUUCCUGUCAAGGCCAAGAUGUCGGUGGGCCAGAGCGAGGUGGAGCCCCUUCCCUUCAGGGUUCCUCGUGAUUACCCACACUCACGCUUCAGCAAGGCGCCGCUGGCCGUCUAUCCACCCAAAGGAGCCCGAGCCAAAGCCUGCGUGUCUUUACCAGUGGUGAGUCUGGAGAAGAUGCCGUGUUUCAACCGAUCGGAGGGAGCACACAUCAAAGUCAACUCCACGUCUCCCACGGCGGGGUCUUCUCUUUCCUUCUCCUCCACGUCUUCCUCUCCAUCUUCCGCUCCUCUCAAGUCCUCCUUGACGUCACCAGCAUCUCAGAAGAACCAGGAGAAGUUCAUGAACGGUCGUGGUCCUGUGACGCCUCGCUCCACCACACCCCCCUCGCUGAUUGACAGGCGGCCCAGCCCAUCACGGUCACCCUUGGAGAAACGGCCCGCCCCCUCGCCCUCCCCACAGGACAGGAGACCCGCGGCCUCCACGUCUCCAUCCCUAUUGGACCGGAGACCGAUAGUCCCUCCUUCUCCACCAGACAAGAAGCAUCAGAAUGGAGCCAAAGGCGUGCGGCACCGGAGAGUGUCAGGGAGAGUGUUUGAUCCUAAUAAACACUGUGGGGUUUUGGACCCAGAGACAAAGCGGCCUUGCACUCGAUCUUUAACCUGCAAGACUCACUCUCUAACCCAUCGGCGAGCCGUCCCGGGACGGUGGAAAGACUUCGACAUCCUUCUAGCGGAGCAUAAGGGACGGCCGAAGGAGACGGGGCAAAAAAAGGAUGUUCAAGCAAGCAGCCAAUCAGUGCAGGUCACACAGUCACAUGACUCAGCAACCAGCCUAUCCACAAGCUGUACCAAUGCCAAGACCACGCCCACUCUCAAACUGCAGCUGGCCAAUUCACACUUACACAGAGCGUCUGGCGGCGGCGGUGCAGUCGUGUUCAGCUCUGCGCCUGUUCCUCCUCCUGAACCCGUGCUCAGCUGGCAGCAAUGCAGCGGAGACGCACGUCUGUCCAGCGAUGAAGGAGAGACCGACCUCCCCGAGGAGUCUGAGAAGCUGCUGUGCCACUAUUCUCCACAGCACCCGAGACCCAUGAGCUGCUGUGCGUUCAGCAGUCGGUUGAUGGGACGGGGGCACUACGUGUUCGACCGGCGGUGGGAUCGGGUGCGGCUGGCGCUCCACUGCAUGGUGGAAAAACACGUCAACUCUCUCAUGUGGAGGAAAGUCCCCCUAGCGGUGGAGAGCAUGACAAGCCCGACUGAAGUUUCUCCCCUUGGCUCUCCGUUUGUCCCCAACCACGCGCUGGCGGCUCCUCUGGACGGCGUCUCCAUGGUCUCGUACUCCACCUCUUUCUCUCAUAACGGCGCUGGGGUUUUCUGCAUCCGGGACCCCGGACCCGGACCAAGACCGCAGCGGAAUAAACCAGCCAAGCUGCCCAAAGCCUCAGGGGAUGGAACGGGACCUAAAAAGCGGAAAGCGCCUCCGGCCUCUGAGUCACGAAAGACCGGGAGCAGCGGGAACAGCUACCAUCUGCCAUUGGGCGCGCCGCACAUCAGUAACGGGACGGCGGCCCUCAGUAUCCGGGCCAAGCCACGGCCAGGGGCCCCGGGGCCGAGGGAGCAGGACAGGUAUGGGAGUGUGGAGCUGUCCCUCCCGCAGGCGCUCACCGGGGAUCACGGGGGCGUCUCGUCCCACAGCCCGCUGCCCUACGGAUCCUCCGAUGGGAGGAAGAGGAAGAGCUCUGGAUCGAGCUCCAGCAGCGACAAACCCAGCAAAAGCAACAAAUCCACAGCACUGGACGGGAUCUUCAGGAAGAGCAGCAGCGCUUUGCUGUCGUCUGUCGCCGAGUCGCCCCACAGCGCCCUCCCCAGACAGCCCAAGGUCCCUCACUGAUGCAGUGUGAGUUUGAGAAGAGCUUGGGACGUCCUGUGAGGUCCUGCCUUGAUCCCACCGCUGCCUCAACGGUUGAGUCACGUCCUCCUUUCCUACAGGGCUUCUUCUGUUCUGAUCCCAUUAGGAAUAAAUGCUUCAUCUGCCAGUUUAUUAAAGAAUGAUUUCUCACGUUUCCUUCAGUAUCAUGCAGAUUCAGAUUUUGUUUUAUCCAGUACACAACACGUUUCAGACAUUCAGCGAUAUGGAGUUUUAUUUUUCUUUUCACGUAGAUGAGGACAACAUGAAGGAAAAGCCUUCAGACUCAACCGUGUCGAUCUAAAGUGCACUUAAUUUCAAGUCUGAGGAGGGGAAAAAAACGUUUCAAACAAGGGAAUAUUUUACAGACGCUUUUUCGGCAAGCUGUAUUUUUCUAAAUUGGAUGAAUUCAGGUUUUUGAGCAUUUGUUUUUGACACACAAGUGUUUGUCGAAUUUAAAAACAAAACAUAAAGAAGCCAGGACUGACACCUCUGUGGUAAAGCAACUUUAACCAGUGAUGAAUUUUGUAUAAUAAUUGAUCCUUUAUUAAUUUUCUAACUGACCUGAUUAGUGCUUCACACGUUGAGCAGAAGUAUAUUUGUAUGCCAUUUUAAAGGUUUAAAGUAUUACAGAGACCCUAUUGUUGGAAAUGUGUGUACAUAUCUUUUAUUAUAAUUGUUUUGUUUUGUAUUUAUUGUUUGUAUCUCUCAGAGGUUCAAGGAUUUAGUGCUUUCUAUCUUCCUCAGUCAUAUGUAUCUUCACAGACCUAAAGAUGGUUGGUUAUGAAAGGG